AUGUACGGACGAGCCCCGCGCGUGACCUACCUGCCAGUGGGCAGCACUUCGCCAACAGUGGGGCCAGGCUCAUAUGAGGUCACCAAACCACAAAAUAGCAAAUUAGGUAGCUAUGCUCCGUUCCUGUCUCUGUCCAGUCGAGGUUCUCUCUUCCACGUGUCUGUUAGUGACCUGUUUUCUCCUGGACCAGGUCAUUACAACGUCUCUGCCAGCACGGGUCGUAUCCUGGGAGGGCAGAGCCUCCAGAACAGGUCCAGGCGAUUUGAGCAGGCGGUGCCAGAGGUACCAGGACCAGGAGCAUAUGAGGUGUGUGGGACUGGUGUGACUGGACAAAGCCUCACGGAUGGGAGGACAGUCAAAACGGUAAGACUCACAGACGCACGACCCCUGCCUGCUCCCCCCUCCAUCCCCUCCUGUAGACAGGCCAAUGGGUUUGAGGAGGAUGCAGAAGGACAACUCCGCCCACACAGACCGCCACCCAGGGACCACACCCUGGGACCCGCCUACUACACCCUGCCAGCAGAGAACUCGGUGACUCAGAGAUAUAAGGGUGUGCAUUUCGGGAAGAUGACGGGGAAGAGAGGAGACGUGAAAGUGCUGGACGGACCAGGACCAGGACAUUACAGACCAGAGGAAGAUCACUCUGUUCACUAUGAGAAUGUAAAUGUGAAGAGAGAUUGCAGUAGUCCUCCCCAGCACAGCAUCCCUCGCUACCAUCAGAUCAUCUCUCUACAGGAGGAGAAGAAGGGCGUCCCUGGUCCAGGUUAUUACCACAUUAUGGGUCAGUUUGAGAAGAUGAGGGAUCAGAGUGGAAUCUCAGGGUUCUGUCCCCCGUUUCUGUCUCAGACACAGCGGUUCAGUGUGCUGAAGGAGACAGCGCCCCCUGUUGGUCUGUAUGAGGAGAAACGCAAUGCUCUUGAGGCUCUUGGCAAACUGUCCAGUCUGAAGAGAUGUCCUUUCAGUCAGACCUCCAUCCGCUUCCCUCAGGACAACCACAAAGACACUCCAGGUCCAGGGGCAUAUAACAUGUUUGAGUAUGGGCUGGCUCAGGACAGUCUGAAGAGAGCGUGUCUGGAGAGUACCAGAAAAGGGCCGUUUGGUUCCACAGCCGGUCGCAGCCUCACUCUCUUCAGUAAAGAGGAGGAGUUGAGUCCUGGACCAGCCAAGUACAAGGUGGAGAAACCUCCAGAGGAAUAUUACAAACAGAAGGAAACUGCAGCGUUUAAAUCUGGGACUGAGCGUCUGGUUGAGUCUUUGCUGUCCAAGGACACACCCCCUCCCACCAAGUAUGACGUGAGAGCACAAGGCCCCUCCCAUCACUCAGGACCCAGGAACGAUGAGGCAAAAAAACGACAGAGCUCUUUCUUAAGCUCCGCCCCAAGAAAGCUCCGUUUCCCCCCCUACGAUGCCACCACACCAGGCCCAGGUCAGUACAACCCUGAGCUGAAGUCCCGCCCUCAGCUGUCUCUGAUUGGUUCUCGUGAGGUCCGAUUCAAACAGCCGAAGAGCAUCACGCCUGGACCAGGAGCUUAUGAGUUGAGUCCACUGAUCCACCACACAGUUCUUAAGGGAACAUUCAACGUGACCCUCCAGAACCCGCUGGACAGCCAAACCCUGAACACACCUCAAUGCCUUAACACCUUAACACAUUCACCGCUCACUCUGGCUUAG